CAUUUAGAAUCCAAUCCGGCAGUGACAUUCUCCCGAGUCUGAUGCUCUUGAGAAAUGAGGAGAACUGGAUGUUUCCCGGCACUUACGAGUCAUACGUUUUAUUAACACAGCAUACGAGCCCUGCCAGUAACCUCGCUGAAGUCUGGGUCUGGGCUGUAUGGCGCAUGCCAUUGCAACAGAAUGGGCAGAUUGCAUGCAAGGAGACGAGCUUGAGAGAGCCAUGCUAAAGCCUAAAGCAUGGUAAAUUCUUAGCCUUGCCCUUGCAGUAACAUCUGUCGACUACCAAAUAGAUAGUCAGUCCGUCAUGGGCUAGUCUAUGG